AUUUUUAAAGUGGGGAUCUCUAGCUUCCCGGCCACCUAAUCACGCUACACGCGAACGCGAGAGCGCGAGCGCGUUCUCAUUAAUGACCGCCACUUCGCCCUUUUAUGAUGCCCACUCCGAGCCAUUUAUGCUCUCGUAAACUGAAGUCGACUUCUCCACUCGAUCCGAUCCGACCAUUAUUUACAUGUGAAGUCUAGACAUGGCUUACGAUCGAUUUGAGUAUGCUUUACAAUCACCACCUUCCUCCCCGCCACGGCAGGCGAGUCCUAUGCUUGAGAGCAAGAAGCUCAAGAAGCCUCCGCCAAUAACACCGAAAAGAUUCACCCGCUUCUUCACCCCUCGAACAGCAUCACUUGCGAGCUGUAAAUCAACCCACAGCCGCUCCAGUAGACAGCUACGCGAUAUCACACGGGUUGCAGUCAACCAACAGACACCGAAACAUCAUAAAACUCCAAGGAAGAACGUAUUUUUCUCCGAGGACGAUUCUGCGAUCGAAUGUCAUCAUACACCACACCUCAGCUCCAACAGGAAGCGAAAACAUCCCUUGUCGCCUCCACCAAGCUCCCCGGUCCAGCAGACACCUUCUAAAAGACUUCGCUUUGAGCGGCGUCAGCCUGAGUUUGAAAUUCGAGAAGAUGCAGACACGAAACAGAUUAUCAAACCACAUGACGAUUUCCAGAAUCCUGUACCAAUACGGAGACUUCGCGCUAGCAAUACACAUCGCCUUACACUCGAACGCUCUUUUGGAGAUUCGAGCAUAGGACGUGGCAGACUAUCAUACCGCACCGAUUGGCAGUUGCAGACCGAAGGGUUCCAUAGUCGGCCUGAAGAUGUCUACGCAUCGCAAAAUGGUGUUCCAUUCUGUUCGACAAGCUGCAACACGAACUCCUUGAUUGCGGUAGGAGACGAAGAUGGCAACAUCUCCAUCCUUGAGACGGACACUUCCAGGCCUUUCAGUCAGACACAGGUAACCUUACGUCCUCACGGCAAUGCUAUCAUGGACCUUGCAUUCUCGUCUGAUGAUCGGUACUUGGCUACUGCAUCUGGAGAUCAGACUGCACAAAUAAUUGAUAUGCAAACGCAGAAAUCUAGAUUUAGUCUAGAGAAGCAUCGUGCUUCCGUGAAGCAGAUUUGUUUCCAGCCAGGAAACGAUCACUUCCUAGCUACAUCUAGCAGAGAUGGUACCGUUCAACUAUGGGAUUUGAGAUGUAGUGGAUCUAAUGGCUCCCCAAAGGCUGUCUUUGUCCAAAACACCUCGUACAAUACCAUCGACGGAGCUCACACAGAACGCCCAGCUCUAGCAUCGUCCUCUAGUUCUAAUUUUGUCCAUAUGAAUGUUAGGGAUAUCGCUGGGAAGACUGAGACACCCAGUCGACGAGGCGAAGCUUCUAUCACUUCACUGCAGUUCCUAAAAAACGGACGUGAGCAUCUGCUACUGACUGCAUCCGACGGCUCCGCCACUAUCAAAUUGUGGGAUAUCCGAUCACGUUAUUCCCGGCGAGGACCUGCCACAGCCCUGGCUGUAACUAGGCAGCCAGAAUCGCACAACAGACACCGAAAUUUUGGCAUCAAUUCGUUGUGCCUUAGUGGUGACGGUGCACGAUUCUAUUCCCUCAGCAAAGACAACACAUUGUACGCGUAUUCAACAAACCAUAUCAUUCUUGGUAAUGCAUUCGAAUUCUCUACGACUACCUCCCGCCCUCGUCAUUUGGGGAAGGAAAAGGAUGGCCUGGGACCUUUGUACGGUUUUCGCCAUUCGAAGUUCCAUGCUACGUCGUUUUAUGUGAAAGCUUCUUUGCGCCCUGCUGUGGGUGACAAGCCGGAAAUGCUCGCCGUUGGGAGUAGCGACGGCUCUCCUGUGCUCUUCCCAACUGACGAGAAGUUACUUUCCGGGAGCUCUGGAGACAAUAAAGAAAGGGUACAAAGCUUCUCGACUACCAUUCCAUCUAGCCCACUGGUACCCCAACCAAUCCUUCACAGAAACAUUAGUGUUUCGAAUCAUCAUCCCCGGAUGAAGGACACUAUUCCAAUUUACGAACAGGGCACACCACUUAUCAGGGGUCAUACAAAAGAAGUAACUAGCGUCGCCUGGACUCAUCAAGGUGAUUUGGUGUCAGUGAGCGAUGACUUUACAGUCCGAUGUUGGCGAGAAGAUGCCGCCACAGCACGAAACCUAAGAUCAGGGGGAGAAGGAGAGGGCAGGCGAUGGGGAUCGGGUUGGGCUGAGAUGAACAGCACGUGGGAAGACGAUGAGUAGUGGGGAAAACUCAUCCCUGUCUCCACAAUCUUGUACUUGUCUCCUAUCAGCGAUGGUAUCUACAGGGUCAUGUUCGGAUUGCAAAAGAGACUCUCUCUCGGGGAAUUGAACCCCGGUCUCCCGCGAAUCGCGCUGUUGAACAGAUAGCAUUUGACAAGCGGAAAUCAUGACCACUAGACCAAGAAAGAUGAAUACGACUCGAGUCAUUGAGUUUCAUCAAGUAUUCAUGAAAAUAUUUUCAGAAAGGAAAAUCAAGCGUCCAGUAGCUCGUGGAAGCACAUGUAUGCCGCAGUAUUAUUAC